UUUUUUUUUUUUUUUUUUUUUUUUUGAACACAUGCAAAACUCCUUUCGGACAAACUGUGGGCGGAGGAACUCGGGUUUGAAUGUCAAGUAUCUGUGUCUAGGCAAACGCUCCGUGUUGAGUUAGCGAGCCCCAUCAUCUCUCCUCGCUGCAGCGAGGCAACAUCUGGUCCACAGCUGAAAACUAUUAAGACCUGCUGGAACUUCCUCCUCUCUCUAUUCCACCGCAGUUUGAAGGCAAAGUGGAAGAUUUGCAGAUAGGAGGGACUCCGCAGACCCACAUUUUCCACUAUGAACCGCGCCUUCAACAGAAAAAAAGAUAAAUCGUGGAUGCACACUCCGGAGGCGCUGGCCAAGCAUUACAUACCGUACAAUGUCAAGUUUCUGGGAAACACAGAGGUUGAAGCCCCGAAAGGCACAGAGGUGGUGAAGGAUGCGGUGAGGAAGCUGAAGUUUCAAAGGCACAUCAAGAAGUCGGAGGGCCAGAAGACGCCCAAAGUGGAGCUGCAGAUCUCCAUCUACGGAGUGAAGAUACUGGAUGCCAAGACAAAAGAUGUGCAGCACAACUGUCAGUUACACCGGAUAUCUUUCUGCGCAGACGACAAGACCGACAAAAGGAUAUUCACUUUCAUCUGCAAAGACUCGGAGUCCAACAAGCACCUCUGUUACGUGUUUGACAGUGAAAAGUGUGCGGAGGAGAUAACUCUAACCAUCGGCCAGGCCUUUGACCUGGCCUACAAGAAGUUCUUGGAGUCCGGGGGCAAAGACGUGGAGACCAGGAAGCAGAUCGGAGGCCUGCAGAAACGAAUCCAGGAGCUGGAAACUGAAAACUCUGAGCUCAAGAAACAGCUUCAAGACCUGGAAGAGCAGCUGAUGAUCGCUCAUGUGCCACCACCGCUGCACAUAAACGCGGCUAAUGAGGCGUACAUGCUGCAGAGGCCCUCCUCUCUCUUCUGGUGCCACGGCUUCAAGUCGCUCUCCUGUCUGGAAAUCUCCUCUGUCACACUCACCCCCAUGAGCUCGCCGGAGUCCAACCUGUCCGCAGGGCUACUAACUCCUCCUCCUGCCAAACCCGCUGUCCCUCCGCCCAAAGCUGCCGAGGGCUGCAGCAUCCCGCGCCCUCGCGUGGGGAGCAUCUCCAUGAAACCUCAGUCCACAGACAUUUUUGACAUGGUUCCUUUCUCCCCCGUGACGCCGCUGGUGCCCACGCCAGCCAGCAACGGCUGCCCGCCUCCUCCACCAACCACAUUGCCGCCCGAUAUGAGGAAAGAUCUGUUCGGCGCCGAGCCCUUUGAUCCCUUCACCUGCGGGGCAGCGGACUUUCCUCCUGAUAUUCAGUCCAAGCUGGACGAGAUGCAGGAGGGGUUCAAAAUGGGACUGACCCUCGAGGGCACCGUCUUCUCUCUGGACCCGCUGGACAGCCGCUGCUGAUGCCCACAGGAAGACUCUUCCCCUUUUGAGGCAGACUUUUACGUCGUUUGUAUGAAGAAGUGCCAAAAUCCGCUCCACGCUCGGGACAAGAUGUCACACUUUUCAUCUUGAGGUUUAUAUGCAUUUGCAUUUAGAUUGGUUUUCAAUAUUUCAAGGUAAACUGGGGUCCAUUAUAGAAAAGAGCUAUUUUUGUAAAAAAGAGGAAAAAAGAGGAGAGAAACAAGCACGGAAAGGGGGGGGGGGGGCGUUUUGAGUAUCUUUUUGCUCGCACAGGCAAGGUGUAAAUAGUCGAGUACGUCCAAUGGUACACCCUGUGGCAGAAUUUUCAUAAGUGUGUGUGUGCACCUGUUGAAUUCUGUGUUGUUGACACAUUCCUGUUUGUAUGCCAAAACCCUCAAGAACAAUAAAUGGAACCUGCACCGUUAACAAAACCGUUCUGUUCGCUCAUAGCCUCGGAUAUUAUCGUUUACUUUGAAUUAAUUUACCUUGUUUAUUAAUCCAGCCUCUUUAUUUUUUUUCCUCCUGGCUUUUACAUCACUGACUAUUUUUUCCUUGUUCUUUUUUGUUCCUCUUUUUGUGUGUCAGACAAGUUGAUGUGAAUUUCCAAUUCAGUAUUUACAUUUAUUUUGUUUUUUUUUAGUCUCAUCUUCUUCUCUUCAUUCGCGCAGAGCUGUCGGAAUUACUUUCGGUCACAUUGAUUUUACCUUUAUUAAAGAAACUCAAACUGAGAAAAACAACAACAUACCU